AUGUCUUCGGGGCGCGUAAGAGCGGGGGCCCCGGCGGCGCGGGUCUCGUCCCGAUGGCGGCCAAGGAGAAGCGCUCCUUCUCAAGCGGCUGCUCUUCCGGAGCCGCGGAGGAGGGUCUCCGGCGGCGGGGGCCUCGUCGUCGGGGGCUCCUCCCGUGUCCUUCGGCUUCGUCCCCUCGUUCUUGGGCGGCUUCAUGAGCCGCGUCCUGAAGACCUCUCGACGCCCUCGCACCUGGCUCCCGAGCACGGCCCUCCCUCCGCGGCCUCGGCCUCCCCCCCGGGCCUCUCCCGCUGCCUCCAGCCCGGCCACCCCGAGCCCCAGCCGGCCCCGAGGGACCGCCACCUCCGCCGCCUCGCCCUCCCCGCUCCUCCGCUUUCCCCCGCGGCCUCCUCGUCCUCUCCCACGCCGCCGCCCGCCGCCGCCGCCCCUCGUCGGCUCCCCGGGGCCCCCACUGCCUCGGGGGUCCCCGGCGUCUCCGGGCUCCGGAACCACGGCAACACGUGCUUCCACGCCGUGGUCCAAUGCCUGAGCAACACCGAGCUCUUCGCCGAGUACCUGGCCCUGGAGCAGUUCCGCCAGGAAGAGGACGCCGGGGCCCCGGGCGCAGGGGACGGGGGCAGCCCGCCGGAGCCCCGGGGGCCCCGAGGCCCAGGCCCUGCUGCCUCCAGCCCCCGCUCCUCCCGCUUUGGCGAAGGCGAGGUGACGGAGCACCUGGCCCACCUGGUCCGCGCCCUCUGGACCCUGGAGUACCCGCAGCACAGCAGGGAGUUUAAGAGCAUCGUCUCUAAGAACGCCAUGCAGUACCGAGGGAGCUCACAGCAUGAUGCUCAGGAGUUCCUGCUCUGGCUUUUGGAUAGAGUCCAUGAAGACCUCAAUAAUAUUGUGAAGAACAAUGGCCGACCUCUAAAGCCGCCACUGGAGGAAGACAUCUUGAUUGAGGGAGCGGUGUUUCCAAUCAACAGCACUUUUGUCCAGGAGCUCUUUCAGGCCCAGUACAGGUCAUCCCUGACAUGUCCCCAUUGCCAGAAACAGAGUAAUACCUUUGAUCCAUUCCUGUGCAUCUCUCUGCCAAUCCCACUGCCUCACACACGGCCGCUGUAUGUCACUGUGGUGUACCGAGGAAAAUGCUCCCAUUGCAUGCGCAUUGGGGUGGCUGUGCCAUUAUCUGGAACAGUGGCCAGGCUAAGGGAAGCUGUGUCCCGAGAAACCAAAAUUCCCACCAAACAGAUUGUGCUCACAGAGAUGUACUAUGAUGGGUUCCACCGCUCUUUCUCUGACUUGGAUGACCUCGACACAGUUCAAGAGAGUGACUGUAUCUUCGCCUUCGAGACCCCAGAGAUCUUCCGGCCUGAUGGGAUCCUAAGCCAGAGGGGAAUCCAUGUGAACAGUAACCUGAACCACUUGAAGUAUGGCAUCGACCAUCAGCGGGCAUCUCCCUAUAGCCAGGGGAGUCUGGAAAACUCCAAUAUGAGGGCGGUGGCAGUGGCAGCAGCAUCAAGCAGCAAGAUUGUAGUGCUGGUGUGUAACAGAGCCUGUACUGGACAGCAGGGGAAGAGGUUUGGCCAGCCCUUUGUAUUGCAUGUAGAGAAGACAAUUCCAUGGGACCUUCUGCAGAAAGAGAUCUUGGAGAAGAUGCAGUACUUCCUACGGCCCUCUGCCUGUCUUCAGGUUUGUCCGUUCAGCUUGAGGGUAGUCAGUGCGGUGGGCAUAACGUACCUCUUGCCUCAGGAAGAACGACCUCUCUGCCACUUAAUGGUGGAACGAGCCCUGAAGUCCUGUGGGCAAGGCGGGACCCCUCACGUGAAGCUGGUGGUGGAGUGGGACAAGGAGACAAAAGACUAUCUGUUCGUCAGUACGGAGGAUGAAUACAUCCCAGAUGCAGAGAGCGUCCGCCAGCAGAGGGAGCUCCACCACCAGCCUCAGGCCUGCACCUUAUCGCAGUGUUUCCAGCUCUACACCAAAGAGGAGCAGCUGGCGCCAGAUGAUGCAUGGCGUUGCCCCCACUGUAAGCAGCUUCAGCAAGGAAGUAUUACACUGAGCCUGUGGACCUUGCCAGACGUCCUUAUCAUUCACCUGAAGCGCUUCCGACAGGAAGGAGACAGAAGGAUGAAGCUUCAGAACAUGGUGAGGUUUCCUCUGAUGGGCCUCGACAUGACGCCUCAUGUUGUCAAGCGGAGCCAGAGCAGCUGGAGCCUGCCAUCUCACUGGUCUCCCUGGAGACGCCCCUAUGGCCUGGGCAGGGACCCAGAAGACUUCAUCUAUGACCUGUACGCCGUGUGCAAUCACCAUGGCACCAUGCAGGGUGGACACUAUACAGCUUACUGCAAGAAUUCUGUUGACGGACUGUGGUACUGCUUCGAUGACAGUGAGGUGCAGCAGCUGGCAGAGAAUGAGGUGUGCAAACAGACGGCCUACAUCCUCUUCUACCAGAGGCGAACGGCCAUUCCCUCCUGGUCAGCCAACAGCUCUGUGGCAGGCUCCACGAGCUCCUCAUUGUGUGAGCACUGGGUGAGCCGGCUCCCAGGCAGCAAGCAGCCCAGCAUUGCGUCAGCAGCCUCCUCACGCCGGACGUCCCUGGCUUCCCUCUCAGAGUCUGUGGAACUGAUGGGGGAGAGGAGUGAAGAUGAUGGUGGUUUCUCAACGCGCCCAUUUGUGAGGAGUGUUCAGCGCCAGAGCUUGUCUUCCAGAUCCUCCGUGACCAGCCCCCUGGCCGUGAGUGAGAACGGGAUCCGCCCCUCAUGGUCACUCUCGGCCAAGCUACAGAUGCGCUCCAACUCCCCUUCACGGUUUUCAGGGGACUCUCCGGUUCACAGCUCAACUUCUACCCUGGAGCGGAUUGGGGAAUCCGUGGACGACAAAGUCUCCACCUCAUGCUUUGGCAGCCUGAGGAGUCUCUCUGGUAGCCACUUUGAACCCAGCAGUAGUGGUGGUGGUGGCCGCCAGGAGCACCGGACUCUUGGCCGGGCUCCUUUGGCGGUCAUGGAGGGUGUCUUUAGAGAUGAACCACCGGGUCGAAAAUCGAGCAGUGGUGCAGACCCGUAUGGCAAGAUUGGCAUGCAGGCUGAAAGGAAUUGCCCUGCUCUGGAUCCUUUUGAUAACAACAAUCAAAUUGCCUUUGUGGAUCAGAGUGAUUCUGUCGAAAGCUCUCCAGUCAAGGAAGGGAGAAGUUUCACUGGGGUGUCAGUGUCCCCUGCAAAGUCAGAGGACAUCUCCCAAAAGGCAGCUCCCUCCAAACACACCACAGAGCCAGACAAGAACUUCAGGAAAGGGAGGGCGGUCUUGUCCAGUCAGGAUUCUCUGACGUCUCGCCAGUCAGCAGUCUCACCCCCUCCCUCCAAAAGUGUGCCGAAGGGGUCGCGGUCCCGGAACAAGCUGGAUUCCAGCCGGGCCAGAGGACGGCAUGGCUCUCCUGCCUCUGGGCAGGGCAGGAAGGGGACAGGCUCAAAGGCCUACGAUGGGUCCCCUGCCUCUCAGCAGAAGCAGAAGUCCAUCUCCUACUCCUCUACUACCACCGCCACAACACGAAGGAACUCCUCGGGGUCAUCCACACGGGGGCAUGUGCCUGCCAGCAAAAGCAGGACUUCUGAUCAUAGCCUCAGCCGGGAGGGCUCCAAGCUGAGCCUGGGCUCAGACAAGACAAGUGCCACUGCCAGCUCGCGGACCAGCUCCCCGCGGAUUGGCCAGUCGCGUGGCGAGGGUCGGGUGCCGGAUGGCAAGCACGUGCGCAGCUCCUCCAUGGCCAGCCUCCGUUCGCCCACCCCCGGGCCCCGUUCGAGCCUGAAGAGGGACAGCAAGUCAGAAGAGAAGGGGCUUUCCUUUUUCAAGUCUGCCCUACGCCAGAAGGAGACCCGCCGGUCAGCUGACCUGGGCAAGACCACCAUGCUCUCAAAAAAGAUGUUGGUCAGUUCCUCCAAGGCAGCGGGGAAAAACCUGCCCGAGGAGAAGCCAGAGAAAAGAGGGUCCCAGCUGCCCACGCCCGCCUUCCCCAACGCUAGCCCCGCUGUGCCGAAAGACGCUUUGCCAGCCAAACAUAUCCUGAACCGGAAAUCCAAGUCUUCCCCACUGGAGGCUGCCUCCCAGUCUCCUGGCCAGCCAGCUGCUGACCGAGGAGCCCCGCGCAAGCCCCCCGCCAGCACACCCUCACCUGCACGGCCCCCUUCGAAGUCUCAGUGAUCCGCUGCCACCGCUGGGCUGGUUUCCCCUUCUGGCUUUUUGUUCCCUUAUUUUAUUUUUGGCUCAUGUGCCUAAUGUGUUGCGAGAAGUCUUUACUACUGUUCAAGCGCCUUUUGAUUCCGCCAUCAUACCAAAUACCUGCAGGGCAGCCGCAGCUGGUACUUGUUGUAGG